AUGAGACUGUUCACAACCUUGCGACGACUUACAAAAAUCCAUGACAUUCUGUGUAAUAAGCUAACCAAGGAGUGUCCAUCCUAUUCUGCAACCAGAAGGUCUGUUUACAUCAGCCCUUCUUUAGACCAGUGGGGCAAAAAUAAGAAACACAGGAACGUGAAGUUGAAUUUAUUUCACGAAGCAAUGGCAGAUCCUAAAAUUGAAGAAGUUCUUGCUCCUCUCAGAGCUCAUGUGAAAGAACAGGGUGAUUUGGUACGCAAAUUGAAAGAAGAAGGUGCCCCAGCUUUGGACGUCAAGAAAGCCGUUCUAGAGCUCAAAGCUAGGAAAAAGGUUUUGGAAGACAAGGAACUUAGUUUAGCUCCUAACCAAACUUUUGACAGAGCUAAAAUGGAAGAUCUGUUGAAGCGCAGGUUCUUUUAUGACCAGAGUUUUGCUAUUUAUGGUGGUAUCACAGGACAGUUUGAUUUUGGACCUAUGGGGUGUGCUUUCAAGGCCAACUUAUUGCAAAUCUGGAGACAAUUUUUUGUGCUGGAAGAACAGAUGCUUGAGGUUGAUUGUUCUGUUUUGACUCCUGAACCUGUCCUGAAAGCUUCUGGUCAUGUAGACAGGUUUGCUGAUCUCAUGGUGAAAGAUGUGCAAUCUGGGGAGUGUUUUAGACUAGAUCAUCUCAUAAAAGCACACCUAGAAAAAAUUUCUGCUGAUAAAAAAACAUCACAAGAUGUUAGAGAUGAGUGUCAAGAUAUUGUGAUUAAGCUAGAUGGUAUGAAUAAGGCUGAGAUGGCAGCUGUCAUGGAGAAAUUCAAAAUGAAGAGUCCACUUACUGGGAAUGAACUUACUGAACCUAUUGAGUUCAAUCUUAUGUUUGGAACACAAAUAGGGCCAUCAGGACUCAUCAAGGGGAUCCAGCAGUUCAUGGUGAAAUGUGGCGUGGAUCCUUCACGUCUCAGGUUCAGGCAGCACAUGGCCAAUGAGAUGGCCCAUUAUGCUUGCGAUUGUUGGGACGCAGAAUGUUUGACAAGUUAUGCCACCGGGGUGCGUCUGGCGGCCGAGAAGAAGCUGGCGGAGCCGAGGGUUUGUGACGUGGUGGAGGCGUGCCCCAAUAAGGGGGCGCUGGGCAAGGCCUUCAAGAAGGACGCCAAAACGAUCACAGACGCGCUGGCCGGGCUGAAGAUAGAAGAUGUCGAGGAUUUGGAGAGGCAGUUGGAGGAUGACGGUUCAUACCAACUUUCUGUUGGUGAUGAAAAAUAUACGCUCAACAAAGAUAUGGUGUCGGUGAAAAAGUACCAGAAAACCGAGCAUGUCGAAGAAAUAAUUCCCAGCGUUAUUGAACCAUCAUUCGUUGACGACAGUUCCGGUUCCAUUGGAAGAAGAUAUGCUCGAACCGACGAGAUAGCGAUUCCUUACGGCAUCACCAUUGAUUUCGACACGCUCAAAGAACCUCACAGCGUCACGUUGAGGGAGAGAGAUUCCAUGGGACAAGUCAGAAUACCGCUGGACGAUAUCGCAGUGACUGUCCAUAAUCUUUCCUACAGCAAAGAAAGUUGGAGCGACAUCGAGAGGAAAUAUCCAAAAUUCGAACAACAGGAAAACAAAGGAGUAUGAAUUGAGCCCGGUUUCUGUCUUAACGUUAAUUCCAACUAAAUUAUUUAUUUGAUGAGCUUACUUUUUUAAGUAUGAAAGUGUACGUACCAUUUUUCGAAAUUAUGAUUUAUA